AUGUUGUCUGUCUAUGAUUUUACUGGACGGGUAGCUCUGAUAACUGGUUCGACUCACGCAUUUGGUGCGGCAAUUGCCCACCGAUUGUCCCAAUUGGGUACUACUGUUGUGAUCACUGGUCGUCGAGCCGAUCGAUUGGCCAAAGUGGCCAAACAAUGUACGGAUGUAUCGCCCAAUCGUUUGCGUCCGAUAGAAGUGGUCGCCGACUUGACGGUGGAAGCGGACAGUUUGAGACUAGUAGAGACAACUGUCCAAAACUAUGGCCGUUUAGAUAUAUUGGUCAACUGUGCCGGCUUUGAACAGUACGUUCGUUUCGAUGAUUCAGAUUAUAUGCAAGUCUACGACAAACUUGAGGCCCUAAAUAUACGAUCGGUUCAAUUGUUGACCCGUUUGGCGGUUCCUUAUUUGGCAAAAAGCGGCGGCAGUGGCGGCGGCGGCGGCGGAACUGUAGUCAACAUAUCCAGUUGUCUAUCACUGAUACCCGAUCCGACAUCCGUUGCCUAUUGUUUAGUCAAACAUUCAAUGGAUAUGUUUAAUAAAUGUCUGGCACUUGAACUGAAACCCUACGGCAUUCGGGUUAAUAGUGUUAAUUUGUCAACUGUACGGACACCGCGAGUCGAUGGACAUCCGACUAUCGUUGACGAGUGCAGUCAAUUGUAUCCGAUGAGACGUAUCGGCGAACCGCACGAAAUUGCCGACACCGUAGCCUUUAUGUGUUCGGACAGCGGAUCAGUUGUUAACGGCUAUAUACUACCACUCGAUGGCGGCGCCACUCUAUGUGGACUAUCAUAA